AUGGCUGGAAAUACAGAGCAGAUCGCGGUGGACCCCGAUUUCUAUUCUAUGGCCACUGGUUAUGGUACGGAGCCGCAGGACUUUCAGUCUGAGACCACCUCUAUCGCGUCCGCAAUCGCGAGAGGACGAUUCGAAAACGGCCGAAGAUAUCAGGCCACUAAAGAAGAUGACUACUGGGGUCCUUCUGACGAGCAGCAAUUCGAGGCGUUCGAGAUUGGCCACAUGGUGUUUCUCGUGUUAGAUCACAACCAGCCAAACCCUCUUUUCCGAGCCCCUAUCGGCGAACAUCCGAAGUUGAGUUUACAUCGAGGCAAUCAUGGCUCGAACGUUCCGCUAACAUCACAAUACAGAAUAUUUUGGACAUUGGAACUGGUCAAGGGAGUUGGGCAAUGUAUUGAUGUUGCCGAUCUCUAUCCGUCAGCUACCGUCCGCGGCGUCGAUAUUUUCCCCCCGCCCGUGUCAUGGAUGCCCCCGAACUGUGUCUUCGAAGUGGAUGAUGUGCUUCGCGAGUGGACAUGGAGAGAGUCAUUUGACUUCAUCCAUCUGCGCCUAAUGUAUGGCGCUUUCGCUCCUGAUGGAUGGGACCAGGUAUACAAACAGGCCUACGAUGCCCUCGAACCCGGUGGCUGGAUCGAGCAGAUGGAAAUAGACGUUCGAGUCUAUAGCGAUGACGGUACCUUGAAGAAAGAACACCAGCUAUGGGGGUGGGGCGACAUGUUUAUUAGAUGCUCCGAGCGAGCAGGACGGUCGCUCAGAACUCACGAAACGAUGCGCAGCGCAAUUGAGAAAGCCGGGUUUGUGGACAUACGAGAGGAAAAGUACAAGAUCCCCCUAGGACCUUGGGCUAAGGAUAAGUUACUCAAGGAGGCCGGGCACCUCCAGUUUGCCCACUGGAAUGCCGCUCUAGAGGGUUGGGCGAUGUGGCUUCUCACUCAUUUUGGGGAGCCGGAGCCGUGGACGAAGGAGGAGGUGCAGGUGUAUCUGUCUAAAGUGCGCAAGGAGCUAAGAGAUCCGCACAUUCACGCCUAUGAACCUGGGAACCGCGUGUGGGCAAGAAAGCCUACCAAGGAGGAAUUGAAAGCGAGGGAGGCAAGUUUCAAGGUCGAGACAUCGCCUUAA